AUGCAAGCACAAAGUGAAAAUGAAAUGAUUAAACAACAUUUUGAGCAGUUGCAAGAAUCAAAGAAAAGAGUUGAUCAAAAGUUUCGUUCAAGUGAUCAGUUUCCGUCAUCACCAUUGUCAUCUUACAUUCCAGAAUGUGCAACAUCAUUUUCGCAAUCGAUCCACUCUACGAUGUUCUUUGGUGUUUUGAUGUCGUUAAUAAGAAAAUCAUGUGCUUUAGUAUCUAUCAUUGCAAGUAAAGUAGCGGAUAAUGGCAAAGCAAAAUUCAAAUUUGAAGAUGAAUUGAUUCAACAUCACAAGAGUUACGCAUGUUUUGAUACAUUAGCAUCGGCACAGAAUUCUAUCAACACCUUUUUUUUGAAUCGUCAAAGAAGAAAAGUUUGUAGACAAUUGUUCCUGAAAUAUUGA